UGACGAGUGCGCCUGUAAAUAGAUGAAAUAAGGCGUCGAUACUUUGGAAUGAAAGAGAGCACACCAGCGUAGUGUCUCCUGACGGGGGUUAGGGAAAGGAAUUAAUCAUUUCACCGGCAACACCGGCACUUCAGUGCGCGUUUGUGCCACCUCCAGACGGCUCUCCAAGUCCAUGGAUAAAAAGGAACACGAGGCGGCAGAAUGGUUGUUGCAGGAGCGAGUAACGGGACUUUCGGCAGUGGCAACAUGAGGUCGUCGUUCAUGAUAGAGGACAGAGUCGGUGGCGGAGAUCCCGGGGGCUCCACUAACAUGAUGAUCUCGGAGGCUCUUGCGCUUCGGCUACUAAAGGCUGCGCAAGGCGCCGCAGAUGCAGCGGCAGCAGCGGCAGCAGCCACUUCUCCGUCCACCUCCAGUCAGCCGCAGGUCAUGGAGACGAACGGGACCCGCUGCGGGGAGCAGAUCCUGAGCUACGGCCGGGUGGAGAAAGUUCUGAUCGGCGCGGUGCUCACCAUGCUCACGCUGUCCACGAUCUGCGGGAACUUGCUCGUGGUCAUCUCCGUCUGUUUUGUCAAGAAGCUGCGCCAGCCGUCCAACUAUCUCAUCGUUUCUCUGGCAGUGGCCGACCUGUCUGUGGCUCUGGCCGUGAUGCCGUUUGUCAGUAUCACGGACCUUAUCGGCGGUCAGUGGAUAUUCGGUCAGUUCUUCUGUAACGUUUUUAUCGCCAUGGAUGUGAUGUGCUGCACCGCGUCCAUCAUGACUCUGUGCGUAAUCAGCAUCGACAGGUAUUUGGGUAUCACUAAGCCUCUGACUUAUCCUGUCCGGCAAAACGGCUGCUGCAUGGCCAAGAUGAUCCUGUCGGUGUGGCUCCUCUCUGCCUCCAUCACCCUCCCCCCUCUGUUCGGCUGGGCACAGAACGUCAACGACGGCAGGGUCUGUCUCAUCAGCCAGGACUUCGGAUACACUGUCUACUCUACAGCCGUGGCCUUCUACAUCCCCAUGUCGGUGAUGCUGAUCAUGUACUACAGGAUCUACCGAGCGGCCAAGCUCAGUGCAGCCAAGCACACCAUCACUGGCUUCCCCAGGGAAGGGGAACACCGAGCCGUGGUGACUCUUCGCGGGGGGAGAGGAGGGCAUCAGCCAGCAGAGUCGGGAGAGACGGGAAGUGUCGAGGGGACGGAGGUCGAACAGGUGGAGGAAGCCGAGGAAGAGGAGAGCUUGGACUGCGUGGCAGCGGCACUGAAGCUCCAGCGUGAGGUGGAGGAGGAGUGCAGCACACGCGUCUCCCGCCUUCUCAAAACCGGCGAGCACCACCAACGGCGGAAGAGGAAAAACCAGUCCAUCUUCAAACGGGAGCAGAAGGCUGCAGCCACUCUGGGCAUCGUAGUUGGCGCCUUCACCUUCUGCUGGCUGCCGUUCUUCCUGGUGUCCACUGCCAGGCCCUUCGUCUGUGGCGUGCAGUGCAGCUGUGUGCCCCUCUGGCUGGAAAGAACUCUGUUGUGGCUUGGCUACGCCAACUCCCUCAUUAAUCCCUUCAUUUAUGCAUUCUUCAACCGUGAUCUGAGGACCACCUACAGCAACCUCCUGCGCUGCCGCUACAGGAACAUCAAUCGGAAGUUGUCGGCGGCUGGCAUGCACGAGGCUCUGAAACUGGUGGAGAAACCAGACGCUGAUGCGUAAAGCUGUAGGUCUGCCAAUCAGCAAGGCUGCAGAGACCAGUAUGGAAAAAAAUCCACUGGGGCUCAGACUGUGGCACAAGGCCAUUGUGCUGACAGACCUUUUUACCCUCCAGAUUUCAUGAGGAUUGCCAAGGCGAGAGGAGGCAAGAUGCUGCGAUUAAGUGGAUGUAGAGGAAGCCUAAGUGUUUCACUCUGGAGAAAACUGGGAGAAAACAGAGCUCAGUGGUGAUGAAUUCAUACUGUUUAAUUAGUGGCAGCUGUUGCAGGGAUUCUGAAGCCCACGAGGAAGGGCUACCUUGGUGGAUUUGAAACUGGCUGCAAUGUUGCUGAAGAGCCUUUUGCACAUGACAUUGAUGCAAAAGCAGGAGGAGCUACACACCCAGACUUUGAUCUCAGCUCCUGUCAUGGAUGGAAAUGAUCUUACUCAGUAGCCAGUGACUUACAGCCACUUACAGCCACUAACAACGAGAAAAUAAAGAACGUCUCGGAGCUCAACCGCUACCAAAUGUGUUUACUUUGCGUCGUAGUUAUCACUUUUUUUAAAUGUAGAGUGUUUCAUCAGUGAACAGCCGUAACAAGUGGACACGGUAAUGAUUAAAAAGUAUAUUAUGUAAAAAUUUAUGUACACAAGUCAAUAGCCACGCUGUUUUUGUAACAAAUGGUUCUGAUCUGUUGUAACCUAAUGAGUUGAUAUCAUUUGAAGAUGAGCCAAAAUGUGCUCCCUUUCCUUCUACUCGUGUCAUGACCACCUCUUUAUUGAAAACUAUUUACUGAUCAUUUAUUUCUGUGAUAUGGCAGCUAAUUAAUGAGCAAGCAAGGACUCUUAGGGAUGAGAAAAUGACGUGAAAUGCAGAACACGAUGAUGUCGAAGCGGAGCUGAAGGUGGAGUAGAGGGAAACAACAUCAUUGAGGACGCUUUCUGAAUGUGCCUGUGCCUUUUUCUGCUUUGUCGGUUAAGGUUUGGUUGCAGCACACAAGAGUCUUACACUGUGUUAGAAAGUUGAGACAACGUGCGACUUUAGCCUUGUUGUGCAUUACAUAACAAAAGAAACGGCCAAUAAAAUGGGCAGUAUCCUCUCAAACAGAGAUGAAUGAUGGACAGACUCUAAGUUUUUAGGAGCUAAUCUUUUGACAUGACACGCACCAAAAAUUAUUUUCACAGUUAAUUUAGCAGUUGACUAGUUUUGGGGCUACAGUUCUGUCUCAAGUGGGUCCAAAAACAGUAAAAUCACAGUUUCUUAUUCCACAAAGUGAUGCCUGGAGGUGUUUUUUCCUGCAUGAUGAGCUGACCAAUCUACAGUCAUCAAAAAAAUACCCCAUGUACCAGUUUCAUUUUGAUAAAUUAUGUUUCCAUUCUUUAUAAUAUAUAAAAAUCUUAACAUUAAUAUAUUAUAUGGACAUUUUUUAAGACAAAUCCAGGAUCAGGAUUUGUCCUGCUGCUGGUAAACACCCCUGACCCAUAACUGGCGUCUCCUUUGAAGUCAAAUAUUGCUUAACUCCAGUUGCUGCUCAAAACCCUGUCAUAUUUUUCCAACUGGGCCCAGCUAGAAAUUAGGAGAUCAGGCGUCACAGAAAUGUGUUGUAAUUCAUCCAGCUGAACAGCAGGGGGCCCCGGUGAGACAAUCCUCAAUGAGCAUGAGUGAACGGAGCUAAACAAUUAAAAUCAAGAUUUAUGUGUCAUUCUAGGGAAUAAAAUACAUAAACUGAUGAUGUUUCCUGUUUGAAGUAAAACGACAGUUCUGCUGAUUUUUUUUUCUUACAUAGAGGUCAAGUUAGCUUAUAAAUGCUAGCAUCCCGCUAAUCAGCGCUAUUAGUCAAUUAAGAAUUUUACCAUGGGACCAACACCCUUAUUGGCACCUUUGUCCAAAUGAUAACUACACAUAAGACGUUAAACCACGACAGCAGUUUCAGUGUGUGUGUGUGGGGGAAGCAGCUGGUUGUGGUGGGUGAAGGCGAUGCUAGCAUCGGGAUGCCGUGAAAUGCCUCAGACACACAAAAUGAUUUUAUGACGAUGAAAAUUUAUGGUCUAAACCCUUUCUAUAUAACGAUGAUGGAAUUUCCUCGUAGCCCUGUUCAUUCUGGAUUCGAUUAUUUCAUUCAAAUUCUCUAACUGGUGAUAAAAGCAUGGAGGAAGCGUAAAUACGGCUUUUUUUCUAAAGAUUAGUUAGAUGUGAUCAUUUAUUAGGCUCUGUACCACCAGUGUUAAUUAAAUGACCUCCAAUAUGUUGGGCUGUCAUGCUGUUAAUCUUCUCACCUCCUGUUAUUAUGGAGUUUUAUG